UUGAAGAACUGCUGCUUAAACUCGUGCCUGGUGAUUAAUCUGUUCUCUGAACAUGUCCCAGAAGGAUCCCUGCCAGAAACAAGCCUGUGAAAUACAGAAAUGCUUGCAAGUGAACAACUACAUGGAGUCUAAGUGUGAAACUGUGCUUCAGGAGAUGAGGAAGUGCUGCGCCCGGUACCCCAAGGGCAGAUCCAUCUGUUGUUCAGGGUUUGAGAAAGAAGAAAGGGAGAGAGAAAAGUUUAAGGCAACUUCAGAAGGAAUUCCCCCACCACCUCAGUAACACAAUGCAGCUCCAGCAGGUGCCGGAGCACGGACUCACCUGCAGAGCUUGUGUGUGUUUUUUCAAGCCUUCUUUAGACUUUCAGAAAAGCCAGAUUGCUCCUAGAACACACCGUCCGGCACACCAAAAAGUAUAACGCAGUACCAAUAGAUGGCCUGGUUAACAGACUUUAUUUUCUGUACCAAAACAUCAUCUACAUUGUCUUUGCAUUGCACCUGUGUCUGUGAAAAGUCAACUUGAUGUUUUUAGAAUGCUUACCUUACUCUAAUCCAUCCUUGCUCUCAAAAUGGAGAACUGGAACCGAGUUAUUCUGGCUUCUGGAGUGAGAGGUACGGGAAAUUAGCUCAGAAGAGUGAGUGAGUUUAAGCAUGACACAUGAAACAAGCCCAUCUUGACACAGCAAAGGUCAUCAUGUUCCAGACAACAUUUGCCUGUCCAGUGGUUCAAGCUCAAGAAUGGGAAUCAGGUCUGGGGAUUGUUCCUAGGUCUUGCAUAGAUCACGAGUGACUACAAGUCACUUUGCCUAAGUGCCUCACUUUCCCACUGGACAGAAUUUUGGUUACUUUAUAUUUGAAUUGCCUACACGCUGCUAUUUGCAUGACAAAGAUGUUACAGGAACAUUGUUUCAGGGAUUGCUACAGGAAUAGUUUUGUUUUUUAAAAAGCAAUAUUAAUUUGAACGAUCUGACUGUUGAUAUAAAAUUUAUAAAUUUAUGUAUAAUUGAAGACCUUUAAGCAAUAUGUUAUGAACCCAGCGUAGUUCAACCUGCUGGUACCCAGAGGCCUGUCACAAAGCCCUGGGCUAGAUCCAAGAACUGAUUUAGGUGCUGCUUACUGAACAAGCAGUUGUAGGCACUUGCUUUCAACACAGCAUUCCAGACUCACUCACAAGCCGGCUGUGUCUGGACCCCAGAGAUGGCUUUUCAGAAGCUCUCACCCAUGCAGCAGAAUUCCCUGUGACCUGUAAGAAGAGCUCAGUAGACAGGUUCCUGCAUCACCCUUCAGAGCUUCCUACGUCUCUGUCCCCUGUAGCAGCAGUCCAGGCACCUCAGUGGGUGCCAAGUCCAUUACAGGGCCUUGGCACCCGAGUAUCAGACUUUGAACCCACUAGGCCCCUAACUCCGUCAUUAGAUCUAGCCGUAAAGGACUUCUGUGCUGUGAUCAAGUACAACUUAUGAAAUACAGCUUCUAUAAACAGACCACUGUAGCCUAGGCACAAUAGUUGAGUGUAUUGAAGCCUAGAAGAGCAAACCAUCUGUAUUCACUGCUCUGAAAUACCAUGACACAAAAUAAACGACUGGAACAAA